UUCAGACUUAUGAUGAAUCAUUAAUCUCCAAUUAGUCAUUAGAGUAGGCUAAUUAAUAAAUAUGACGGUCGGUGGUCAAAGCGGGGUCAUCGGUGCAUCAAACGAGGAUUCCAACCAUAGUUCAAGCUCGCAACCCACUAACUCAAUAACUGGAAGCACUAGCAUAUCAGAGGGCGAGAAUAGUCGAAAUGGAACAGGUGAAGAAAAUAGCGCCAGUGAUACCCAGAGUUUGACAGCAGACCAAAGUGCUCAACGAUUACUGGAGGAUAACACACAGCUGAUCAAGACUAUCACGGACAGUCAGCAGUCGGCAAAGGCUCAAGAUGUGUUCCCAUUGUACCAGGCGCUGCAUAGGAACCUCUUGCAGCUGGCACAGUUGACAGAGCCAGGCAAUCUGGAAAUACCACACCUGCUACCGGCUCCUGAUCCGAACAUUUUCUCAGCCACUCUAAAGCCCCCCUCAGCUACCCUAAUGGCCACAGUACCCCCACCCCAGAAUUAUGUACCCCCUAAUGGACCGCAACCCUCUAUGAUUACGUCACGAGGGGGCAAACCGGCAAAUAUUGUCAAUCCAUACCAACGAAGACCCCCAAUGGACCAUCCAGGAGGUAGUACUGGUGGAACUCCGAAGAUGCAAGCACCUCCCCCUCCACAACACGCAGAAUACCCGACAACAUCAGGAUUGUCCCCCAAUCAUCAUCAUCAACAGCAUCUUAUGGGAGGCGGUUCGAGUCGAGGGUCGUCGGGAAAAGAAAAGAAGCAACAAACUGGCGAUGGGACUAAAGUUCAACAUCAUCAGCACGUAGCGCAGCCGCAUCACGCGGCGGAAAACGCUGUCGUGAUUCCGGUUCCAAAACCAGUUCCAGCAUCUACCGUUCUCUCAUCUAUGGAGUUGCAACCCCAGCCUGUAAAACAGGAAUCAUCAGGAUUCCAACAUCCCUAUCAUCCGCCUGCCAACUCCGUAACACAACCGAAUGUCACUGUAGUACCUCAAGCGACAUCUUUAGAGACGACAAGCAUGCCUCCACCACCGUCGCAAGCGAUGCCUACGCAUACGCACGGUCCAAAUGAUAACAUGGCAUCUCCGAGGAGCGUCGCGUCGGACAGUCAAGCUAACACUGGUCAUAAUGCAGCGUCAGCAGCUCCAGUUUCGCCGGCGGUGACGAAGUUCACAGCUCCGGCUCAUGUGGAUCCAUACCAGCCUCUAAGUGCACAUACGCAGUCUGUGUUGAGUAACGUGUCAAGUGCUAGUAAAACGAACGCAAGUGGACAUAGCUUUGCAGCAUCGACCGCUGGAGGUAGGCCACACCUCAAUACCUCGCCUGUCGACAAUCCGCCGCUAGCCAAUCCGAAUCCUCAAAAUGAUGUAGCUCCGAAUGUAAACGUGACCGAUGCAAUAAAACGGGAAUCGGUAAACAAACCGCAGAAUCAUCAUGGUCAAAUGCAACCUCCGAAUGUACCACAGCAUCAGAUGUCGACUUCGAUCGCUCAUCAAAUGAACCCGCAGUAUCCCGGAUCCCAAGGAGGACCCACUCCUCAAAGACCAUCGAUGAGUGCGCCUCCGCCACCCUCGAGCGCCAAAUACGGGCAACAACACGGGGGAGUUCCACCGCACUCCGGGGCUUCAAACCCUUAUUACAAUCCGGCAAUGCCAAAUCAGCAAAUGUCGCCUGGAGGCUCUUCGGGAUCUUACCCUGGAUACUCCCAUGGAAUGUCCCCACAAGGACCGCAAUAUGCAGUGCCAAUAUCGCAACGGGCGAAUCCAUAUGCUCAACAGUAUCCCCGAUACCCUGGGCAACCGUACCCAGGUAUGUACGGAUCUGGACAUAGUUACCCGCCAGCACAUUACGCAUCCCCGGCACACUAUCCGCCACCUUCUCAAUACCCGCCAGGAAGUCAGUAUUCGUCGCAAUAUGGGGGACCUCAGCAUCAUAUGCAAAAUCAACAGCAAUUGAAAAUGUAUCAUCAUGCGCAGGGACAAGCGACGUCGAUGUCCGGGCAUCAGCCUAGCACGAUGCCCAAUGCGAACGUGACAGUGCACCCGGGAUCCGCAGGUCAGCCGGUUCCUCCAGCAUCGAUGAUGGGACCUCCAGGUAGUUCACAGUAUCACGGGACGCACGCUUACAGCCAACAACAGCAACAAGCUCCUCAACAGCAACAAAUGUCAGCGCAACAUAACGCAAAUGUGUCCAUGGCAUCUUAUCCCCCACCCCAGAGUUCAGAUCCGCAGAAUCAGGGGGGCUAUAGCAUGCAGUCUCCUCAGCAAGGAAUGUAUAAUAGACAGCAGGUGCAAUCACAAGCGAGUGUCCAGCAGCAAGGGUAUAGUCACCAAUCAAUGUCGGUAGCUCCUCAGACUCCGACAAACGGAGGAGCAACUAUGUCGCCGAGUCACGGUAUGCCGCCGCCUAACAGUGGAAUGCCAUUAGAUGGUCAGCAGUAGAAAAUGAAUUUUCUAUGCAAAAAGGAAAAAACUACAUGUCGCUACUUAUAUUAGAAGCUUCGGUUUUGAUGAUAAUUAUUGAAAUUCGUUCUGUCAAAUGGUUCGAUAUCUGUUCCCUGUUAAUAUUGUCGAUUUGGAUAUAUCCAUAAAAAAUUUAAUAAUAUAAUAGUCGCUAAACUAGUCUAUAGAUAAAUAAUUCUUCGGUAUUCGUAUUUUAUGACUCUUAAACUGAUUAGUCUUGAUUUUUCUCUUUGUUUGUUCAUUAUAUAGUCUCGUUAUUUAGACUCGA